UCCUAGUCAGGGCAACCGUAUAUAUACUUUACGGUGCUGUUUCUUGCCUAAGUUAUAAAUAAAAUAUAGAAAAUGGUGAGAUUAUUAGCUGUUAUUUUGGCUGUAGCCGUGUUUGGUGUUGUUUUAAGCAAAUCUUUGGAAGAUACAAAGGAUUUGGAACAAAAAGUACACCGGCUGUGGAAAAGAUACAUCAACCAGGCUCUAACGUCAGACUUCAACAGCAACGGCCUUUCCAGGAUCAGAACUCGGAGAAACGUCGCGGAGGACUGCGAGAAGUUGGAACUGUGCAGGCUGCACGCGAGAUCUUCUAGAAACUUCUUAUCGGCGUUCGAGCUUUACUUCGUCAACAAAGAGAACGCCCGGCUAUGGGACCACCAGACACACACGGUCGGCGACUGUGACCACCGAUUCGCUCAUUGCUUCGGCGGCGCGCAGCCCCAACAGCCGCAACAGAGGCAGUUCAGGGACAGCAGGCUUGACUAUGAUAACUCCGUUAGAGAGUUUAGUAGUGAUGAUUACGAAUGAUCAUAACUAUAGUCUGUAUCUUCAUAUAUUUAAAUAAAAAUACCUAAACAAACAAUUUGUACAUAAUAUUCGGGUAAUUAUAACAUUUAUUGGUUAACGAAUCAAAUACAAUACCGCCUGGAUCAGUCACUGAACGACCUGACUUACCUACCUACAUUAUUUGAUCAUGUAAUGUUUUCAUCUACCCUCAACAGGCUUAAGGAGCCGUUUGAGGGUAGAUUUUGUUUACUUUUAUUUAAAUACCUAAAGAUACAGACUAUAGGUACUGAAUUAUUGGUAACAGUCCUCUAGGCUCUUGUAAAU